AUGACAGGCCUCAGUUUUAUAUACACUGAAAACAGCAUACUGAACCCCUUCUCCUCAGCACUGCACCUUCAUCUCUUUCUGCGUGGAAUCAAGCACACCAUGGGGCUCUCAUCUCAUCAGCACCUCCCUGUAACCAUGUCCCUUCUUCGGCAGAUUAAGGAGGAGGUAUCUCAUGCACCUGAUUUCUUGCCAUCUGAUAAACUGAUGCUGUGGUUGGCGUUUACAUUAGCCUUCUACAACUUCCAGCAGUCUAGUGAAUUCACCUCACCUUCAGCAUCACAAUUCAAUCCCCUAGUGCACCUUUGCGCCACUGACGUCUCCUUCACUUCAAAUGGGUGCCUUGCAAUGCAUCUCAAGUAAACCACGACUGACCCUUAUCAUCCGGGCUGUUCAUUAUUGUCUGCCCCCUCACAUCGUUCAGUCUGUGCGGUCCGUGCACUCAGAAAGUACCUUGCUUUGCAUUCAACCAGCAGUGCAUCUCCCCUUUACGUCUGGCAGCCACCUUACCAGAACCAAAGUUACUAG